AUGUGUCUUAUCCAUUUUCUAGCUGUGAUCGCAAUGACUUUCGCUCAGUUUUCUGAUAAGGUCCCCAAAUGCACAAAACCCAGAUUAACACCCGCAGCAAUUUUAGAUGUUAUCAUGGCGAACUAUUCGAGGUUUCUUCUAAAAUCUAUUCUCAUGUUCUUCGUUUCUCUAGAUCUCUUCCAGGUAAUCCAGUUGGUGUUCAAGUGGAAUGUUCUCAGUAACAGUUUCACUGCAGACAUCUGGUUUAGCUCGAUCUGGUAUGAUCCACGUCUCGCAUACUCACAUCUUGAUGAUUGCCGACAAAACUUAUCUUUUGAUGAUCGUUUCGAAAAGUUGAUUUGGUCACCAAAUGUUUGCAUUGUUAACACAAAAUCUGCCCAUGUUCACAAAUCUCCGAAACCCAAUGUGCUUUUGAUGCUUCUACCAAAUGGAACUAUUUGGCUCAAUUACAGAAUCCGUGUCCAGUCUCCGUGCUCUAUGAAUUUGGAGCGAUUCCCCAUAGACACCCAAUAUUGUCAUCUUGUUUUCGAAAGUUAUUCGUACAACACAGCAAGUGUCUCCGUCAAUUGGAUGGAUAAUCCAGUUACAGUACUCCCUGAAAUUUCUCUCGCCGAUUUCGAUUUGUCGAGAUAUCGUACAUCAAGGCAUACAGAGGUUUACAAAGCUGGAGAAUGGUAUCGAUUGACAGUGGAGUUGGAGUUCACAAGAAAGUAUGGAUUUUACAUUCUGCAGCUUUAUGUCCCUACCUACAUCAGUUUGUUCAUUUCUUGGAUUGCGUUUUGUAUAGACACAAAAGCUCUACCAGCACGCAUUGUAUUGGGUGUAAAUUCAUUAAUGUCCUUGACGUUUCAGUUUGGUAAUAUAAUUCGUUCUCUUCCACCUGUUUCAUAUGUAAAAGCAAUCGACAUUUGGAUGUGUACUUGUGUUGGAUUCAUCUUUGCAUCUCUUCUUGAACUUGCUUUUGUUGCGUAUCAAGACAAAAAGCUCAUUCUAAAAUCAGGAAAAUCAAAUGCAGCUAUUAGUACAUUGGUAUCCUAUCUGAAGCAUUUUGAGCCAUACCACGAAGUGGCUUCUCCACCACCACCACAUCCGAUUGAUGAAAAGAAAAUGAUGAGUCGAACACCGUCAACUGUAACAAAUCCAUCAAAAAGUGAACUCGAUGGAUUGGAUACAACAGAUUUGGAAGAAGAAAUUAACGAAUACAGAAAGCUGGCAUAUGCAAGAAAGAAAUUUAGAUUGUUGGACUUUGGAGCAAACGUUGAUAGGAUAUCGUUUAUUGUUUUUCCGCUGAAUUCAGAUCAGAAUCCAUACCUCCUACUAAUUUCCACUCUUUUUUUAUUGUCUUGUCUUCUAUUUCGUCGUAAUCCAAAACUCAAACACCUUGUCUUGUGUCAUUUCCAACUCCUCCUCCUCUCUCUCUUUUCUCCUACUUCAAAAAACCUCCGUCUCCUGUUAUCAUCCUUUUUGCAUAUUGUCUCAUUAUGGACGUUGAAGUCCAUCCGGUUUCAAACUGCUCUUCUAAUUUCAUCGGCCUGUUUAGUUUUUGGAUUGAUGAGAACUUGUUUUGGAAUGGCUAUGGUUGAUAUUGUCAGAAGUGGGAAUGAAACGUUUCAUAGUGAUCUACAUAUGGAUUGGAACGGAGAAGAACAGGCUCGAAUACACACUUCGUUUUAUAUCGGAGCAUUUAUUGCCGUUUUUCCGUCGGAAUUUCUUAAGCACUGCAAAAUUUUCAGACUUGGUCCAAAACAUCUCCUCUCAUUUGCUCUUAUUCUCAACAUCAUUGGAUCAAUCCUCACUCCAUUCGUGGCAAUUUAUUUCAAAACCUACAUUUUGAUAUUUGGAAUCAGAAUGAUUAUGGGGUUCGGAUACGGUUUCAUGAUACCUGCUGGAAGUGUUCUUAUAUCAAAAUGGUUUCCGAUUUCGGAAAAGAGCACGGCUAUGGCAAUUUUCACAACAGGCAAUCAGAUUGGAAUAGCAGUUUCCAUGUUUUUAACAGCAAAACUUUGUCAACUUCCAAUUUUCGAAGGAUGGCCAUUGGUUUUUAUAGUUUAUGGGUUGAUUGGAGUGAUUUUUCUGAUUGUCUGGCAUGUUCGAUUGGCCGAUAAACCAAGAGAAUCGAGAUAUAUAACAGCUACAGAGUUGACAUAUAUUAAAGGAGGAAAACAAAAAAGAAGUCGAGCUGAAACGAUAGUUAGACCUACUCCAUAUAUGAAAAUCAUUCUAAACGGAUGUGUCUGCGCAAUUUGUGUCUGCUCAUUCGCCCAAAGUUUUGUCCUGGUUGCCCUUGUGACCUAUCUUCCAAAAUAUAAUCAAAUUGCUCUGAAGAUGAAUCUGACAUAUAAUGGAAUCUGGUCUUCUCUACCAUUUUUCAUUCAAAUGAUCACUAAACUUUUAUUCGCCGUUAUCGCAGAUAAAGUGAAACAAGCUAAAGUAAAUGCGACAUUAGUUACAAAAGUGUCGAAUUCAAUUGCAAGUUUUGUGAGUGCUGCUUUCAUAGUUUUGGCUGCUUUAACCCCGUUUGGAAGUGCUGAACUGGUUCAAUUAAGCAUAAUAAUCUCAAUGGCAGCAUUCUCAGCAUAUGUUCCAGGAUACAACACUUCGAUUGUUACAGUUGCACCACAGUUCACCGCAUUCAUUUCUUCAUACGCUCAGCUGUACGCACAAAUUGCAUCAACACUGGCUCCAAUUCUUAUCGGAAGGAUUACAAGUCAUGAUACAAUUGAAGAAUGGAAGUUUGCAUUUUAUAGUUUGGCUGCCGUCCUAGCGGUGACGGGAAUAGUUUUUCAAAUAUUUGGACAUGGAAGAACAGAACCAUGGGGAGAAACGCCAUCGAAUGCAGCUUCAGCUCGCAUCUCGACUUCGUUGGCUGUUUGUGAAGAUGGACAGUGUAAAUUGACACUUUUGGAAAAACAUAAUCAUGAUUUCCGAACAGAAUCAAAAAUGUCGUCGGAUUCUGGAAUCGCGAAAAAGAAGGCUAGUUUAGUAUCAUACGCUGGUGAAGAAAUUCUUAUUCCGGGUCGGAUUGAAGAUCUCGAAAAUGAUGUCAUUUAUAGCAUUGAAGAAGAACGAGAAGAUUGA